AUGUUGAAGGAGAACCAAAUGUUCUGUCUUUUCUUUGUGGUCAUUUCAGGUUUCAGAAAAUCGGACCCCAUCUCAGGUAGAGUGAAUUCUCAAAAGUAUUCAAAGGACUCAGAGGGGUGUAGAAAGUGCUCCAUUUCGCAGUCUGUCAGAGAAAAGAAGAGGGUACUGUGAAUACCCACGGCAGAGAGACUCAUCAUUUACCAAAUGAGUGAAGUCUGAAGAUUCAGAUCAUUAAGGAAGUGCUGAUAUCAGCGGCAGGUGCGGGAUGGGAAGAUUCUGUUGAACAUGACGCAAGAAGGAGAAAGACUUGAGCUGUGAAAGGGAAGUUUCUCAGAGAUAAAGUUGAUGAAUUGAGACUCGAUCGUGACAGUUAUUGGAUAGAUUUGAGACAGAACUUCCAAGUCUGGCAGAUAAAUCGAUAUGGCGGUUGACUUCCUUUCCUGUUUAUUUGUCAAAAACAACAAAGAGAUCAGAGUAAAAUCUCAAAAGCUAUUGGAUCAGUAACUCUUAUGUUCGGUUCAACUCUCCAUCAGUCAUCUUAAGUAGUCUUGGAGCCUUGUAAAUGUAAUUUGGACUACUCUGGAGAUUCCUUAAUGUAGGGUGACCAUACUCUGAAUCCCCCCAAAAAAGGCCACAAAUACCCGGGAGCGGAAUCCCAGAGUCACGCAUAAUAAAUUUUGAGAGUUGUUCAGGUCGGGUCGAGUGUUUUUAACGCGCUUCUAACUCAGUAAGUCUACGUGACACAAACUCAGAACUUCCAUACAAAACCCCGGACAGUUGAAGGACUUUAUUAACUCCCCUGGACAAGGCUGGACAACCCCCCAAAAAGAGGACAUGUCCGGGUAAAAGAGGAGGUAUGGUCACCCUAGCAGCUUUGAAUGUUCUUGAAGCAACAAGAAGAAAACACAGAAAAUUGCAACUCUGGGACACAACAAUCUUCCAGUAGAGUCAAACCUAGUCCUUUCUAUUCUACUUUGCUGUGAUUGGCCUGGAAAUAAAGUAGGACAAAUAACAAGGAGUCUGUUUAUCAGGGGUGUGUCCACUCUUUCUUGAAGUUCCACUCUGAUCUUUUUUUUUCUCCUUUAAGUAUUAUCAUUUGUCUUUAAAAUGCGAUUAUUAAGUUUUUAGCCAAAAUCCCAUUACCUGUGUCAUUUUCAAGGACUUUUCUUCUGCAGAGCUCUAGUAGCUCAUUAGCACUUCGCCUCUGAGUUGUGGGCCGAGAAAGCGCUGCUCUGCACACUCCUCGCCUAACAUUGCUGGUGUAGUAGAAGAGGCAGGUAACAUAGAAGCUAUUCAGCUCUCGGACACUAAUGUCUUUAGGGACAUGAUAAAUGUUCUCAUCAUUAUCAGUUUUCUUAUGAGCAUUGCAAUUCGCUAAUGCACACGCUUGUUCCGCGAUCGUCCUCUCUAAUUUCCAAGUGUGGCCUGCAUAGCGGGGCUUUGGGGGUGGAGCUUGGAUUUGUGACAUAUGAAAUCUCACUGUAUCUGAACAUGCCGUUGGGGUCUGUGAGAGAUUUACAGUGAUUUGAAUAUUCAGAAAAUGCAAUUUCGCACUCAUUUUUCGUCAUGAUAUGUCCUGUAGCAUCAGAAAAAUGCCAUAUAAACAUGUAGACAACAAGAAAAACACGAUUUUCAUUGGAGUGGGUCUUUAAUGGGUGUAACACAAUUAAAUGGCAGAGCAUCAUUUUCUGACUUCUAGCUUCAAGACGACUCACCUUCUGGGCAAUUUGACUUUUUUUAUGCAACCUGGAAUAUUGCCCCCCUCUGGCCAUCUGAAAAACUGCAUGUUUAAGAAACUCCGAUUCCCCAUGUCUUUUAGAUCCAAUAUUAUUCACACUCAUAUCUGCUUGUUUAGAAACUGUAAUUAAGUAUAAAACAGUAAGAUGCGGUUUUGCCUUUCUAAAAUGCUUCUUAUUGAAUUUUUGCACAGAAAAGUAUCUCGGGUUGCUCGAUUCUGAUGUGACACUGCAUGAGAUUUACAUUUUAGCAUGAAUCAGAGCUCUGAAUAUCGACAUAUUCAUUCUGUCAGUUAUUGAUUAUCAUGUACUGCGCUGUGUGGCAUAAACUCAGAGAAUUAAAUGGAGCAGAUAAAUGGAGCUGAUGACAGAGUGAACAGUCAUCCUCUCCCUCUAACAUCUCUGUGACUGACUGAGAGAGGGAGGGAGGGAGGGAGGGAGGAAGCUUCACAUGUGGAAAACACCCUCUUCAUCUCCUCAAGCAGGGGUCAUGUGACUCUUUGCCAUGUGUGCUGCGAUUGGCCGAGCAUCAAGAGCCUCAAGACGGCGAAACAACCUAAAACAUCUAAAAUGAAAAAUCACAUUCGUCCCUUUUUUUUUCUCCUUCCCUCUUUGAUGCAACAGGGUUGACCGUGAUCAGCCGCUGAUGGUGCUCGGAUGCUGAUUCUGAAUCCCCUUUUUUUUUUUUUUUGCUUUUGCAUCGUUGCCAUGACAACGGGGCCGCUCCUCCACACCCACGCUGCUUACCCCCUCUCUCUCUUUCUGACAGCAAGCGAGAGAGAGAGAGAGAAAGAGAGAGAGAGAAAGAGAAGGAGAGGGAGAGAGAGGUGUGUUUUCUAACCCACGCAUUGGAGUGGGAGACAACGUGCGCACUCUCACGUGCACGCUCACACACACACACAUACACACACACACAUGCUCAUAACACAGAGAGUGUGUGUCAUGCUAGCAGUGUGUGGGCUGAACCGACCAGCCUUCCACUCAUCCUGCCUCUCCCUCCCUCCCUCUCUCUCUCUCUCUUUCCCUCUCUCCCUCUCUUCUUCCUCUCUCUUUUCGUCUCCAGAUACACCUCCUCCUCCUCUUUUUCUUCUUCUUCCUCUUCUUCUUCUUCUUUUUUUCCCAUCCUCCAUCAUCUUUUUCUCCUCCACCUCUCUUCUCCCUCCUUCUUCUUCCUUCUCUCCUCUCUCCAUUAGUCCCUUUUCUUUUCAGUUUAUCAUCAUGGAGAACGAGUCGCUGAUCUUUUGGGUGAGUCUCUUCCUGCAGCUCAGUGUGUUGGUGUGUGUGUGUGUUGGUGUGUGUGUGUGUAUGUAAAUUAAAUGUGUGUUUCGAUGAAAUGUGUGUGUGUGUGUGUGUGUGUGUGUUCAUGUGUGUGUGUGUCUGUCACUUGCAGCCGCUCUGUAACUUUAAAAGUCGUGACUCAAUUUUCUUCUCCCACUUUUCCGUUUUUACCUUUUCUCAUCCUUGCAUCUCAUUUCCUUUCCUUGCUUACUUUCCUUGACUCCUUUCCUACCUCCCUUUUCCAUGUUCCCUCUUUUUCUCCCCCUGCGAGCAUUCCUUAUCUGUUGUCUCAUUUGCUUCCUUGCCCUCUUCCCUUUUUUUUCCUUUUGUAGUUUCCUUCCCUUCUGUGCGUCUGCAUUUCCUUCUGUUACUUGUCACCUUCUUCCCUUUCCUAGCCUCUGCCUGUGGCACUUCUCCUCUGUCUAGAUUUAUUUCAUAUUCCCCCUCCCCUUCUCCCUAAUCCUACAUAUGCUUCCUUACCUUCUUCCUCCUAUCUUCCUGUCCUGUCCCUCUCUACUAUCUGCAUUUCUUUCCACCCACUUGCUCUCCUUUUUCUGUUUUUUUCCUCUUAUAGUGAUCAUUUUUUUCUUUCAAUGAAAUUCUUUCAUUUCCUUUCUCUCUGGUUUUCUCUUUUCCUUUUUAUUUUCAUAUUUCUCGCCACAUAUUUUUUGCUCUCCUCCUUCUCUUUUAUUCCUUUUUCCUCAUUUUGAUUCACUUCCUUUUUUCUCCUCAUUUUGAUUCACUUCCUUUUUUCGUUUCCUAGUUCACUCAUCGAAUCCUUACUCGUCCUAUUUUGCUUCCUUUCCUUACCGUUACUCUUUUAUCAAUCGUUUUGUCCUCCUAUCAUUAUUUAUUUGUGCACCUCCUCUUCUUUUCUGUCCUUACCUUUUUUGUCUUCCUCUCCUUACUUUUUUCCUUGUUUCCUUUCCUCGCCUAUUCACCUCUUUUCUUUCUACCUCUUGUUUCCCCUCACCUGCAUCUUUGAGGAAGUUUUCCUAAUCUUGCCAUCUGAAUUUCCUUCUGCUCUCAGUUGUUUCCUUAUUCUCCUCUUUUCUGUCUCCCCCUAGUGAGUAUUUUUAUUUUUAUUUCUAACAAUUCCCCCGUGCUUCCUCUCUUCCCUUUCUUUCUUUUACUUUAUUCUUUUCUUCCUUCCCUUUGUUUUUAUGCUUCCUUCACACCCUUAUCUUUCCUUCACUUUCUCAGUUCCUUUCCUUUCCUUUCUACUCUCUCCUUACUUGCCUUAAUCCUUUCCUUUCCUUGCUUCCUCUGUUCCCUUCCCUUUCUUUGCAUCUUCUUUUGACUCUUUUCUUGCUUUGCGUCCUUACUCCCCUUCUCUUUUAUUUCCUUCUUUGCUUCCCUCCCUCUUGGUUCCUACUGUUCCUUUCCUUUGCCUCCUUUCCUUAUCUUUGCUUUCCUUUCUUUCCAUCCAUUUGCUUUCUUUUCUUUCCAGUGCUUUCAUUCUUCCUUUCUCAUCUUCUCUCAUCUUCGUCUAUUCUCUUCUUGACUAUCCACUUAUCUGAAUUCAUUCCUUUCUUACCCACUUCUGCAUUUUCUACCUUCUUCCUGAUCUCCUUUCUCCUUAUCUAAGUAUCCUUUUUUAUCCUUUUUUCAUUGCCUUUCCUUUUUUCUUGUAUCAUUUGUUCUUUUUUCAAUCUUUACCUUCUUUUACAUGAGAUUUCUCCUCUUCUGUACUUCAUUUUCCCUUUUUUCUUCUUUCUUUUCCUCUUGCUUUCUUACUCCAGAACCUAAUUUACGUUCCUUUUAUCUAUUAUUGUUGAACUGUCACUCAUCUUCUAUCCUUUUAGUCAUUAUCUUCUUUUUCUCUUUUGACAUCUCCUUUCUUUUUGCUGUUUCCUUACCAUAAUGCCUUUCCCUCCUUGUCUCCCCCCCAUCCUUUCCUCUCCCUCUCAACUUCCCUCCCUUUUCUUUCCCUCUGCUUCUUCCCUUACUUUUCAGUCCUAUAAAGUUUCUCCCCCUCCUUCCUUGUCUUUUCCUCCUACUCAUUUGCGUUCCUAUUUUUCAUUUCCUAUAUUGCUUCCUUUUCUGUGUUUCCAUCCACCCUCAGACGCCUUCUUUCCUUCCUUUCUGUUAUCUCCUUCUGCCCUUGCUGAGUAUCUUUCUCCUCGUUCCUUUUUUAAGUCUUCCUUUCCCCCUCCUGAACCCGGCUCUCUCUCCUCCCUCUUCUCAUCUUUUAUUGAUCUCGUCCUCAUCUGAUCUUUCCUUCUUUUCUUUCUUCCUUUGCUAAUUUUUUUUCGCUGCUUUAAUUUCAUUCUCACUCGCUCUUCUCUCUCUCUCUUUCUUUCAUUUCUUUCCCUUUUCUUUCCCUCCUCCUCAAGUGUUCAUCCUCUUCCCUCUCUCUUGCACUCUCUCGCCUUUUGAUUUCCUGUUUCGGUUUCCUCCAGCAUCCCUGUACCAUCCUGAGUGUGUGCGUGUGUGUGUGUGAGCGUGUGUGUGUGUGUGUGUGUGUGUGUGUUAUGUAAGCAGCAGCAGUGAGAGUGUGUAGGCCGUACUCUCAGACCGUCUAUCUAAAGAGAUGAUCUGCUCAAACACUUCAAACAGGAACUGGAUCGGCUGCUUCUCCUCCUGCAGUGCUCACACUCUUUAACAUCACCUGGUUGUCAUGGCAACAUACUGAGCCCCCCCCCCCCCCCCUUCCUCCUUCUGGCUCUGUGACAGCCAGCUGGUUCUCAGGUGACUUCACCUUCCAGCGCUGGUGGUCAGAGGUUAAACUGCCUCGCCACACGAGAAAACAAGACAGGUUUUCUGUCUAGCAGAGAAAAAUACCGGUACAGGACUACAUAUCCCAUGAUGCACGGCGUGUGUUCAGACCAUAUGGAGAGAAAUCAUUCCAGCAUGAAGAGCUGCAACAGAUAAAAAGUAUCUCUGCUGGUGUGACUGACUCAAGCUCAGUCAACUUUAUGCAUCUAUCUGCAUCUAUCUGCGUCUGUCUGCUCGACCGCAGAGCGCCUACAUCUCCGCUUCAUGUAACAAGCCACUAAAAUCCUCCAAAGCUGGCGAAAGAUGGCGCCCAGCAGGCAUUUCACAGCAUUCAGCGGACCCUAUUUUGGUGGUUGGGAAUGACAAAUAGCGAGCGUCUUGCUCAUAGACUCUAUAUACGUAGAUAUAGCCGCUGUGUUGUCGCCCAUUGAUUCCUGUUGUCUGGUCUGAAGUUUCGAAUUUUCCGUCAUGGUUGUCUCGAGUUUCCUUUAGAGCCAGAAGUGACCAUAUUUGUGCAAGUGGGCGGAGCUUAAAAGAGCAAGGGUUUGAUGCUUUACCUGGUAUCCUUCCAUUUGUUUCUCUUCAUCCUCCCUCAUGUGAAUCCUUACCCUUCUUCCAUCCUUUCCUCCUUUCCUUCAUUACUAUCUGCAUUUCCCUCCUCUGUUAAUUGAUGCCCCCACUCUGUGGUCUUCUCUGCCAUCAGGAUUUGUUCCCCUUCCUUUCUUGUUUGGUGUAUUUCCUAUAUUCCACUUCCUUAUUUGCUUCCUUGCCCUCCUCCCCUCCAUCUUUCUCUUCUAUCUGCAUUUCUUUCCUCUUGUCAUAUACUGCCGUCUUUCCUUUCCUAGCCUCUGGUAACCUUCUCUCGGAGUAGGAUUUGUUGUCCUUUAUGUAUUUUUUAUCACUUUCGGUUCUCCUCAUUUUCUUUCAUUCUUCUCUCCCAUCCUUCUCUACUUUCUGCAUUUCUUUCCUCUGUUACUUGUUGCUUUAUUUCCUUCCUAGCCUCCGUGUAGCCUUCUUCCUUAUUAAGAUUUGUUUCCUUUGAUUCUUUCCUUGUUUGGUCUCCUUACUCAUAUGUAUUCCUAGCUCUACCCUCCACCUUUCAUCCUUUGCUUCUGUCCUUUUCCUUUAUCUGCAUUUCUUUUCCUAGUUACUUGCGACCUUCUUUCCUUUCCUACCCUCCUUGUAGCCUCCACUUUGAUCUGGAUUAGUUGGAGUUUUUUUUUCCUUUGCUUGUUGGGUCUCUUUUAUGCUUCAUAUUCCCUUAUUUGUUUCCUUGUCCUCUUCUAUCUGCAUUUCUGUCCUCAGUUACUUCCUCCCUUCCUAAAGUCGUGUUUCUCGCUGUUGGUUCGCUUGUCUUUUAUAUUGAAUAUCAGGGGAACAAUCAGUCUCCUAAUCUGAAUAGAGGAACCUAGAGUAUCUAGUGAGAUUGAAUUUAUAUGAAUAAAAUGAGACCUCUGUUUCCUUAGCACGUCAGCAGCACAGUGUUCAGAAUCUUUCUGGUUCUGAAUCAGCUGUGUGAGAGUCUUUUUUGGACAAGGUCAGGCUGAUGUCUCCUGUCUACGCCUCUGUAACAGCUGUUUCAAAACUUCAGUCCUUGGAUUUGAGUUUAUUCUCUGAAACUGACGGCUUUAUUCGAGUCAGUGUGCAGCUUUUUCUCUUUUAACUUUAUUCUCAUUGAAUUAAGACAUUAUACCCAGGAAUGAACAUUUUAUUCUCACAAAUCAAGACUUUAUUUUUCGUGAAUCACAACUUUAUUCUCAUUGGAUUGCAGCCUUUUUACUCUUAUGACUCUUUCAGUUCAUUCUUCCAAAUUUUACGACUUCUCCUUUCAUAAUUUUACAAGUUUCAUCUUAAAAAUUUACAUUUCUUUUUGCAGAUUUGAAACUUUCUCUAUGAAAUUUACAACUUGACUGUUACAACUUAAAAGUUGAAAUGUACAAAUUUAUACUUAUAAGUUUACAUUUUGGGUUUUUUUCAAAACUUAAAUCUCUUAAAAUUAUGAGUUCAUGCUAAUUUGCUUGUGUCUUUAUGCUUUAGGAUUUAUUUUUGAAAAAAAUAGAGUUUCUUCUUAUCAAUUUGAGUCUCAUUUCUCAUAAUUAAUUUUUUUUUUGUUUUUUUUUUAAGUCUUGCAAUUCAAAUCGCAAAGACCAGAGUGUUAAAAUCUUAAAUAUUUUUAAUCCCUGACGUGGCUCUAAUCCUCUGUUGUUGGAUUUAAAUGUUGUCAAAUGUAAUUUCUUAAAAAAACAUUGAAUUAAUUAUUUAUUGGAGAACUUUCAAGAUGGAGAUGAAACGGCCUGAAAUGAAACUGUUGCCUCUUUUGGAGCUGUGAAAGCAAAUGAAACCUUCAGCUUAAAGUUUAAUGAUUUCAACAUAGUUUAUAUGCUUUGGGGAAGGUUGUGCUGUUAAAUAGGUAACAACUGUUUACAAACUGCAGUCUGUUUUUGGGAGGAAAAGGGUCAAACUGUCCUCUUAAAUUAUGCAGUUUCCAUUCAGAUGUGUAGCACAUCUGUUAUGUGAUGGUUGGGAUGCAUAGACUCAAGACCAGAGGAUUUUUCACAGACCCUGAUUUCAUAAGAAGAUGUUUAUAAUUUAGAUCCAAACAAAGUUAACUCAAGGCUUGUUCGUUAGUGUUUGUUUUAACGGCUAUAAUGAAUAUUUCAGCCUCCAGGCGGCGCUUUCUCAGCCUUCAGUUCUUUGUACUUUUUCUACAGACAAAUAAAGAGAAAGAAACUGCAGCAGAUCAGUUAUUAGGUUCCCAGUGAUGUGAGAAACUUGACAAGAUAAAAAGUGUGUGUGUCAGAUAGAGAGAGAGAGAGAUGAGAAUACAGUGUGUAUUAUCUGCUCUCACCAAUGGUUACCAUGGUAAUGGCCAAGGGAGCUACAUUUCUAGGACACACACAUCCUGUUCGCACCUAACAAUGAAAAGCAUCGUGGCAAUCUGACCAGGACCGGACCGCUUUAACUGAGCAUGGAUUAAGAGUUCUGUCGGGAUCAGGUUGUUCAGAUUCAGAGAGGGAACAUUAUGUGAGGUUGAUUUGAGGACUCAUACAUGAAGGGUGAAACAGCUUCAACCUCAGUGUGUGCAAAGAGGAAAACUUAACUGUGAGAAAAAGUGGUUGUUUAGGAAGUAUUUGAUCCUUUUCAUGGACAAAAACUACACAGGAAAUACUUUAAAUUAAGUCUAAAACCACACAUUCAAAACUAGGAGUGUAGGGAUAGACAACUGAGCAAUUAAAAGGCAUUAUAGUCGACAUAACUUAAUAUUUUAUUAUUGUAGUCUUGAAAUGUUGUUUAUAUCUGUAGAUCCCACCCUCUAUUGGCAGCAAUGUCUGCUGCCCUAAAACUGUACCACUCUACUACUGGGAUGUAAACAAGCACAGAUGAGUGAUGGCAUCUUGUAGCUCAGUGUAUUUUUUCACAUUUUGAUCUGAGAAAAUGGAGAUGUAGUUGUAUGAAGGCUCUGUUAAACCAUCUGGCUGGGGCAGACAUAUGGAGUUAUAGUGAGGCGGGUAUAAUCAACAUUUGCUCGAUAGCGUUUGAAGUUUAAGUGCUAUUGUGCGUCAGUGUUUUACUUUUAUAUUUAAUGUUUUUGAGUUGAACACAAUCUACAAAACUGUACACAUCUGGUGUUGAGAAAUGAAGCCAAUUGUGAAAUACAAAAAAAAAAAAAAAAAAUGCAGUUCCUCAAGUGUCCACUUGGGGCUGGCUCCAAAAGUGAGUCGAUCCCCAUAGAAUCCUAUGUUAAAAUGUGCAACUUUACAGCAGACAACAAACAUGUUUUCUGCCUCGCACAAAAAUAUUUUUGGUCUCUGUAGAUUAUUUCUCUUGGUAUAAAAACUGAGGAAGGUUUUGAUUUCAUGUGAAAAAUAUCAGUUUGAUUACACUGAGCCUUAAAGUAAUGGGGCGGAGUCAGUGUGAAGUUUUGACUGAACUAGCUUAUUUAGUACAAAAUAAAUAUGUUUUACUUUCAGCUUUUUGGUUUAGAUAUUUUUUUGGGUGAAUAACCCCCUAUCCUUUUCGAGCACCACUCUCUACUCUAAAUUAUUUCCCUUUGGCUCCAGGAAAGUAACUUGGUAGGUGAAACUCCAGUCUCAGGAACUAACAUGUGAUAUCAUGGUGGCCACUCACAUUGUUAUGCAAUCUAUGGUUGUACGCUGCAUUUCUUUUAAGCUUUCUUUCAGAGAAAAUACCGUUAAGUAUGUAUUUCUUGUUGCACCCCAGCCGGCAGGGUUUUUGUUGGUGUUAAACUCACAUUGUUGCUCUGUAACUUUUAUAGUAUUACAUAUAGAAAAUGAAAACAGCUGCUUUUCUAUUUGAUCUGAAAAACACAUAUUCACAUAUGUUGAUAUAAGACUUCAAAAUAAUCCUCCUUUUUUCCCAUGUCUGUUCCUCUAUGGUUAACACUCACUUUAUCCACCUCUUAAAGUCCUCUAUAUCAUUUCAAAAACACUUAAAAACUCUCAGUGGACCUUUGUUGAACUUCUUUAGACUCUGAAAGCUCCUCAAACGCUCUUAAAUGUAGAACAGUAAUGGUGUAUUUGAAGAGGGUCACAGUUAUCCAGCCUGUUACAUUCUGAUUCAGUUGGUUUAAAUAUAGAACAAUAUUAAUGUAAAUUUAUAUCACAUAAAUAGGACAGUGAUGCUCUAAUUUGUCGCUGUGGUCACACCUCCUUAAGUUUGAGUACAAAGUGUUGCUGUUAUUUUGAGUGCAGAAGUGUUUUUCAAGCUUUCACAGCGAUAAUGCCCACACAUAAAAAAAAAAAAAACACGGACCCACAUCGUUGCAAACUGAAUAAUCCGCUUGGAAGCUCAGUGUUUGGUUAUUAAAUAUUCAGAUUCUGUCCUGAUGAAGAGUUCAGACUUUUUGUUUUUGUCUUGUUUUUUUUCUGAACUUUGAUGGAAAUUCAAGCGAGCUCCAGAGAAAAACAGUUGCAUGUGUAAUGUACAUUAAUGUAAUUUCUUUCAAACUCCCCAUCCUGGAGAAUGUUCUGGAGUUAACUCAGUAGGAAAUGUCACUUUCAAAGCCUGGCGUGAACUGGAGUCGGUCUGAAUCAGGUCUACAGACGGUCUGGAUCGGCCUCAGUCAAAGUCACAGGACAGAUCAGUGUUUGAAAAAACACACAAAGAGACACAGUUGGUGUGAUUGUGCUAGUGCGUGUGUGUCUGCGCGGUAGUGUUGGGUUAUCAGUGCCGUCCAGCCUCCCAGCUUUUCCUGCCAAACAUCCGUUUCCCCGGCAACCCAGACGGGAAACAGGAAGUGUUAGUCACAGGAAGUGCUUCUAAUCUUUGUCAAGUCUUUUUUUUUUUUUUUGCUAUGUUCUUAUCCCAACAUGUCCUCCUGCUGUCUGAGUCGUCAUGGCGACAUCAUGGUUUCAUCAACCUGCAGGCGCAUCAUCUGGUUAGCAUACUGGUUGCAAUUAGCGGGCUAUCAGCUGGUUGCCAGUAUGCCACAGGCUGACUAAACAUUUACUCACCAUUUAUUGAGAGUGGGUCAACAAAUCGCCUCAUAAAACUGACAAAGCCUUUGAAAAACUCGGCAAAUGGCGAUUUUUUUUUUUUAAGUGACCAUCUGCCAAUAAGUCAAAAGUUCCUCAACAGGCUGCUAUCUAUGCUAACAAGCAACAAAUGCUACUCAUCCACCUGUCAUCUGUGCUUCUGUACAUCCAGGUAGAAAAGAAAUGGCAAGUGGUGGAAAGUUGCACCCCUAGCUUAGACCCAUCAUAUGAAAAAUAGUUUUCAAUUUCCACCUUAAAGUUUUAAAAACAACUGUUAAAGGCAUGGUUGACGAUCUGAGAAGCAAAUUGAGCCAUUGAGCCGGUAGAAGAUCCUAUGCUAGCCUCAAAUAGAAUUCACCAUAUCGGAUUGCUAGUGACUAGCGGCAGUAAACGCCAGCUCUGCUAGCGAGUACCGUGUGCAGCUGCCUGGACAGCUACCGUGUUGACAUCGCAGCGACUAAUAAGAGUUAUGGGGCAAGCAGAAGUGUUUUGUUUUGAGUCCUUCUCCAUCACAGCUCCUGUAGCUAAGCUGCUACGCUACUUUUAGCCGCUCAGAGCUCUGAGGAGAGCCGGGAGAGUGGGAGGGGAAGAGUCGGAAGCACAGGAGAGGGGUGUGGAUGGAGAGGCGGAGCAGGAGAUUAACCAAUAGGAGUUGUCCCGGACGGAUGGCUCCCAUUGGUCAAUAUUCUGAAGGGUGAACAGAUUUUUUUCCAUUCUUUUUUUCUCUUCGCUUUGUGGAAAUAGCACUAUAGGACCAUGAUCACCAUAGAAACGAGGUUCAUAAUAAUGACCAAUCUCUCCAAUCAUCAACCAUGCCUUUAAGAGUAUAAUUAAUUAAAAAUGGUUUGAGCGGAUUUCAAGUAGGGAGCGUUUUGAUUCACGUGCAAAGCUCUGCUCUAUUUCCUCUGACUCCCUCUACGAUCCGUCUCUUCUGUUCUUUCAGCGAAGCCAAACAAAAUAUCCAGUCGUUAUCACUGAGUCCGUAUGACUUUGUGUUCCCAGACAUAACAGGGGUAUGAAUGCUAACUGUGGCUAACACUACCUCUGAGCGUGCUGCACCGAGUCCCACCAGCUCAUCUGAGAAUAGAAACACGGAUCAAUAUUUAAAACUUUACAUAAUACAACAUCGCAGCAGUUAGAAACACGGUUUAGGGCUCUUUCUUUUGGGCCUUGUUGCCAUGAUAACUGAUAAAACAGCUUCUGAUUGUGUAACUGACUGAACCUGCAAUGGCCUCCACAAAAUGCAACUGUGUCUGACCCAAUUCUGAUUUCAACCGCACGCUCCGACAUCUCCCUACACUCCUCUUCUGACAUGUUUUUUUUUUCUCCCCCUCCGCCUCCUCCUCCCCUCCUUCAUAUCCUGGUCUCCCUCUCCUUUACCUCCCACUGCCUCCUCCCUAUCUUCCUCUCGCUCUUCCUCCCCCUUUUCCUCCUUUUCUACAGGAUGGGCAGGGCAGUGCCGAGAAUACAAUCUGA